AUGCUGACGCCAGUGUCCGGACUGGUAAGCUUGGUGGGCGCUGUAACGGCAGCGGCCGCAGCCUCAACGUCCCCGGCGGCAAUGGCGUCACUAGUGCUCGAUCACACCGAGCUCCCGUUGCUGGAAACAGCAGCGCCGGGCACCGCAAUACCCGGCCGUGGACUUUUCGCCACGAACGCAACGAAUCUCACACUGUCGCUCGAGGAACUGCUGCUGUUCGGACGCUCCAAUAACUCCACGGUGGCACCGGCCAGUGCGGACAACGAUAUUAUCUUCACGAACAAGCUCGUACAGAUCGUGUUCUGUGUGCUUUACUCCAGCAUCUUUGUGCUGGGCGUGUUCGGCAAUGUGCUGGUGUGUUAUGUCGUGUUUCGCAACAAAGCCAUGCAAACGGUGACGAACCUGUUCAUUACGAAUCUCGCCCUCUCGGACAUACUGCUGUGCGUGCUGGCCGUACCGUUCACUCCGUCCUACACGUUCAUGAGACGGUGGGUGUUUGGGAAGCUGCUAUGUCACACCGUACCGUUGGCGCAGGGGUGCAGUGUGUACAUAUCGACGCUAACGUUGACGUCGAUCGCGAUCGAUCGGUUCUUCGUGAUCAUCUACCCGUUCCAUCCGCGCAUGAAGCUCUCAACCUGCAUCACCAUCAUCGUGCUGAUAUGGUCGUUCGCGAUAAUGGUGACGAUGCCGUACGGGCUGUACAUGAGGCUGCACGGCGUCACGUUCAACGGCACCGACAGCACCACGAACAGCACUACGAACAGCGCCAUGUACUGCGAGGAGCUGUGGCCCUCGGAGGAAAUGCGGAAAACGUUCUCCAUCGUCACAUCCAUACUGCAGUUCGUGCUGCCAUUCAUCAUCAUGGCGUUCUGCUACGUUUGCGUGUCGAUACGGUUGAACGAUCGGGCCCGCACCAAACCGGGCAGUAAAACUUCGCGCCGCGAGGAGGCCGAUCGUGAUCGCAAGAAGCGUACGAACCGGAUGCUAAUCUCGAUGGUGGCCAUCUUUGGCAUUUCCUGGCUGCCGCUGAACGUGGUCAACAUGUGCAACGACUUCAACUCGGACAUUAACAGUUGGCGGUUUUACAAUCUGAUCUUUUUCAUCGCCCACCUAACGGCCAUGUCCUCCACGUGCUACAAUCCGUUCCUGUACGCAUGGUUGAAUGACAACUUUCGCAAAGAGUUUAAACAGGUGCUACCCUGCUUCGAUCCGUCCCGGGGCCGGGCGGGAACGGUCGGGGGGAACCGGGCCGGUGGGGGGUGGCGUUCCGAAAGGACAUGCAACGGCAACAACGAUACCGUGCAGGAAACGCUCAUACCGAGCUCGCAAAUACUGCCCAGCAGUCGCAGCUCGCAACCGCACCAACAACCGCAACAGCUGAGCUCAUCCUCCAGCCAGGGCCAGAGCAAUCAACCGACGGUGGAUUCGAUUCUGCUCUCGGAGGUUGUCCCACCGCUGUCGCUACCACCGCCGCUCACCGGCAACGCGCUACCGAGCGUACAGAGCGCGGAGACCGUAAUCCUACCGUCGGGCGUGCUGGAAACUCCGUUCGAUGUGCAGCUCAUACCGAGUGCGGGACAGCCGGUCAGCAACGGCACGUCGGAGGCGUCAAAUCUCACCACAUCUGCGGGCGUCCGAAACGGAUUAAGCCAUGCGUGUACGAACCCAAAACUUUCUUCGCUUAUACUCAUCAACGAUGGUACCACGGCUGACUCGAAAGUACCCGCUAUACUUUAA